GUCCCGCCCGGCUCUCCGUGCCUUUAGCGUGUGCCUGCCCGUCCCGCGGGGCCAUGGAGCGCGCGUUCACGCCGCUGGAAUGCCUCCUGCCCGCCGGGAACCUGAAGUUUUGCCUUCUGAUUCUGAACCAGCCUUUCAACAAAGGUCAUUUUCAUUGUCUCUGGAGCAGAGCUGCCCUGAGAGCUUGUGCUGAUGGAGGUGCCAAUCAUCUCUACCACAUCACAGAAGGGAGCCAGGAAAGCUUCUUGCCUGAUUACAUCAGUGGUGAUUUUGAUUCCAUUCAGCCUGAAGUCAAGGAGUACUACAAGGCCAAGGGAUGUGAGUUAAUUGAGACCAUGGAUCAGGACCUCACAGAUUUCACCAAGUGCCUUCAAAUACUCCAGAAGAAGAUAGAGAAGAAGGGCCUCCAGGUCGAUGUGAUUGUGACUUUGGGUGGACUUGGAGGACGCUUUGACCAAAUAAUGGCAUCGGUGGAAACACUUUUUCAUGCAACGAAUAUCACUCCUUCUCCGGUGAUAGUUAUCCAGGAGUGCUCACUGAUUUACCUGCUUCAAUCCGGCAAGCACAAACUGCACGUGGACACAGGACUGGAGGGCUCCUGGUGUGGCCUCAUCCCCAUCGGGAACCCCUGCGAGAGUGUGACCACGACAGGCCUUAGGUGGAACCUCACUAACCAGGUGCUGAAGUUUGGAACACUCGUCAGUACUUCCAACACCUAUGACAACUCUGGGAUUGUGACCAUCGAGACAGACAAACCUUUGCUGUGGACAAUGGCUAUCAAGAGAUGAGAUCAGCUACAGCUGCCUUUUCUGAUCUGACACAACUCAAAUUACUAUAAAAUUUCACUGAAUUAAGACAGUAAAGCUGCAGCAAGAUAUAAGCAGGCAGUGGUUUUCUGUAUUUAAUGAAAAACAAGUCUGAAAUAAAACUCACUUGAGAUUGAAUCAAAAUUACUUGAAGUAAUAGAGUACUUCAUUCUGGUAACUCACACUACUUAAUCAGAAGAUGCAUGAGCAGCCACUCAGUACAACCACAAACUGAAAUGAAUGUAAAGAAACUGAUGCUGUUUAUCUGGUUAGUUGAGGCUACUUUUACAAAAUAUUUUAUUCCAAUACAAAACUAUUUUCCCCCUCCUGCCAAAUGGAAAUACAGUACCCAGUUGCACAUAUAUAACCGUAUUACAAGGUGGUAGCACUAAAAUUAGUUAAGCUCAUUUUGCCAUCCUGGUUUGUAACAUAUGUAGAUGCUGAUGAAGAUUUUUCAAGAAUAGUAAUUACGCUUUUCUACUUAAGAAGCGAGUUGGUGUACUGAAGAAGCUUCAAUUUUGCUGGAAUACCAGUAUCAGAUGUCCCAGUAUUGUUUUUAAAGUAAUAGAAGUACCAUUGUAUCUUCUGCAAAUAUCAAAUGCUUACACUAAGAUUUUUUGAAGUGAAUUAAAUGUUUCAAUCUCUGAGUCUGAGGAGGAAGAGCACUGCACCUACCAGUUUUUGCAGGCUUAGUUCUUAAAAUCAAAAUAUCCAGUCAUUUAAAAUAAUGGAAACUUCCAGGUUAAUACACAGGGGCCUUUACGAUUUUAUGUACAGAAUAGGAUCCAAAAUGGGUGUAUAUCCUAUCCAACAGUGUGAGCAAGUUGUGGAUUUGCUGAAGGACUGCUCAGUGUCUCUGACAACUAAAUUAUCCUCAAAUGGUACAUCUCAGUAAUCAAUUAUGUUUGGAUUUUUUAAUUAUGCCAUCAGAAUAAGGACUGGCAAUUCAAUUUCUUUGUUUGACAAGAGGUGUUUAUUUCCCUAUCAAGUACAUACUAUAACCUAGUAGGAGUAUGACUGCCAAAUGCAGAAAGGAAUUAGUGGUAAUUAUGACAAUUCCGGAAAUUAGUGACAAGAACUCCCAUACACUUUUACAACACCACUUGAAAGGAUAUGGAAAUGCUGUUUUCUUGCAUUCUGCUUUUGCUGGAACAAUGCUGUUCCAAAGCUUAAUUUACUGCUUUGUAAACAGCUCCUGAAAAGAGGUCAUACAGCUGUCCCCCUUGGAAGCUUUUAGUAUUUACAGAAAACCUUAGGCAACCUCGUUGGAAUGCAACACUGACCCAGCUUCAAGCAGGACACUGGACUAGACAUCUUCCUAGCUUCCUUCCCACCUGAAUGAUUCUACUACGGUUAAAAGAAGUAACAAAAGAAGUAAAAC